CUGGGAAGCCCCAAGUCCUUGGGAAUUCUUACCUGGGAAACCCCAAAUCCUCACCUGGGAGUCCCUUGAGACCUUCCCCUGGACACCUGGGACCCCCCAGGCCUCACCUGGGACACCCAAAAAUCUCUUUAGGAUCCCCCCAAAACCUCACCCGAACUCUCAAACUCCACAUGGGACCCCUAAAACCCUCCCAGGGCCCCCCAAAGCCCCCUCAGGAUCCCCAAAACUUCAUCUGGGACCUGUCACCCCCCCUAAAACCUCACCUGGGUUUCCCCCAAACCCCAUCUGCGAUGCCCCUCACACUCCCCUCCUAAUGGGGGUGGCACUGUCACUGCCAGGGCACUGGGACAGCCUGGGGGACCUUGGGGACCUUGGGGUCAUCUCUGUGUCCUUCCCUCGGGGUCACCGGGGCCACCCUGAUGUCCCCUGUCGCAUUUUGGGUCACCAGGGUUUCCCCGAUGUCCCUACAGUGUCCCCAGCAGGACCCUACUGUGUCCCCAGUGUCCCCAACAGGACAUCGGGGGGCCCUUGAGCUUUGUUGGGAAUACUUAGGGGGACAUUGGGGACAGUCAGGGGGACACUGGGGACCUUGCGCUGGCCCCGCGAGCGGGCGAGGCCGGGGCAGUGACGUCACCUCUUCCUCUUUCCCGCCAGCCGCGUCGCAUUCCCGCAUGUCCGCGACUGUCACCGGGUCCUGUUCGCCUCCUGGAGUGUCCCUGGAGUGUCCCUGGAGUGUCCCCAGUGGCCAUGGAGCCCCGCGAGGUGCGACAAUCCCAGCAUGAGGGGACAGAGAGGACACGAGCUGAGGAAAUUCACCUGGCACCUCUGCUGCACCCUGAACCACCGCGGUGUCACCUCCCUGGGCCAGCGCGAUGUCACCUCCCUGCGCCAGGCCCUGGCCGCACUCGAGGCCAACCCAGGGGCCCCUGGGCCCGUGCCCCUGUGACAGCCGCGGUCAGCGCCUGGCAGGAGUCAGUGGCUGCACUCACAGAGAGCUGGGACCGGCUGGCCGGGGAGGCCACCAAGCUCCGUGACAACUGCAGGAACACGGGCACCUGGAGGGAGCAGGGGCAAAUGGCCCUGAGGCUGCUGGGGCACUUGGUGUCCCUGUGUGACAGAGCCACCGUGUUCCCCUGGGAGCUGCUGCGCCAGCUCGGGGACAUCGAGGCCACCCUGGUGGAGACAAGGGAGGCAUCCCCCAGUGUCCCCAAGGCCUUGGUGGCCGCGGUGGCCGAGACCGAGCGGCUGUGGGAGGCCAGCACCUGCCUGACCCCGAGUCACCUGCUGGGGGCACUUGGGGACAUCCACACCCUCCUCGGGAGUCUCUGUGACAAUCCCCAGUGGCCCCAGUGACCUCGGUGGCUGCCCAGUGGCUGUGUGGUGCCAAAAAGCCAUCGAGGACAUCUCAAGGCUGCUGGGAGGAAAGUGAUGUCACCGCUGUGACAUCAUUGUGGUGGUGACAUCAUUGGGAGCAUCGCUGGUGUCACUUGUCCCCUCCCCCCUCUCCAUGCGGUCUUUGAGACAAAUUUGGGGAAUUUUCCUGGAAUUUUCAUUGAAACUGUCCCAAAUGCUGAUGGAUUCUUGGGCUGGCAUCACUGGAAACACUCUAGGGACACUUGGGGACACGCAGAGACAUGGGAGCAGGGGGUGAAUGAGCCCUCUCGGUGCCUUGCAGGAGAGGCAGCAGUCUGGGGUUAUAAAAGACAAUAUUCAUGACGAUAUUAAUGACAAUACAAUAUUGGCUUUCACAUUCACGUAUCAGCUUUUGCACACUUUUAUUGAUCAAAAUGAUUUUGAUACGGUACAAUUUAUAAUUCCUUUCAGAUGCUUUUUGGUAUAAGAUAAUCUAUCAGUUGUAGUGUGCACUGUGUAGCUCACAGAAAUGGUAGUGUAAUAAAUCAAUUUCAUAUCAUAGACCUUAGCGAAAAUUAAAACAGAGACUGCGCAAUGCUAAAAUGCUUUUAUAUUACAAAUAUACUAACUAAGUUUUAUAUGAUAACUAAUUCAGAGAAUGGCAUUAUGUUUAUCUGAAAGACAGGUGUGUGCUAGGGAGGGCAUGGCCCUCCUUGGAAUGGAAAAUUCAAACCCGCUCCCUCCGAAUUAUUAUAAUUUUGAAAAUUAAGGGGUUCUCAGGCAGAGGAGUGGGGAUAGGAAUAGCAGUUCUUUACUGGUGUGUAUAACCAGGCAAACAAACAACCCCAAGCCCAGCAUCAAUAACAACCAGAAGCAGAAGCCAGGAACACUUCCCUGAGCGCGGCCCUUUCC